AUGAACCGAAUACGCAGCCAGAGCUCCAGUCCAGUCCACUCACCGAGAGCAAGCUCACUGGACCGCUCCUCCUCCGAGCUAGGCCAGCUCCUGUUGCGACUCCAGCAGACUGUCCUCCACGCUGAUCCCGAACGCGAGCAACGACUACGACGGAGCGAAUAUGAGCGCGCAAAGUUGGAGGCGAACCUCGAGUAUGCGACUACCUCGCUGUCCAAACUAGAGCAAGAUGCCGCUGGUAUCCUGACUCCCGGACGGAGACUGGAGGUGCAGAAUGAUUUGAGGAGGAAGAGGGAGUUGCUUGACCUGUUGACGGACCAUGUUCUGGAUCUUCGCAAGAUGGCUGUUGACGAUGACGACGACGACGACGAUGACGACGACGACGAUGAACAGGUAGACAAUGUUCUAGCCAGCAUCAUACCCAAAGAGGGCGGCAAACCCAUCCCUACAAGCAUAAGCACAAGCAUAGCUGCACCAACAGCAACACCAGCAUCAACAGCAGCACCAGCAUCAACAGCGGCUGUAGCAGCGGAAGCAGCAGCAGAAUCAGAAGCAGCCACGGCCGAAGCUAUACUGGACAAGCAGUCGUCCGAGAGGGAGGACCUGGCCUCCAAGGUCUUUCAGCUCGCGCAGGCCAUGAAGCGCCAGCAGAUGAACAUGGCCGCCAGCCUGGAGGCCGAGAAGGACGUUCUGGGACGGGCCACGGACGGCAUGGAGCGCACGGGGAGGGGGAUGGAGGCCGCCAGAGGUCGCAUGGGGGCCCUGGUGCGCAUGACGGAGGGGAAGGGGUGGUGGGGGAGGGUCAUACUCUAUGCGUGGGUCUACGGGCUCAUGGUUGCUCUCGUGCUGUUGAGAUGA